GUGGAGGACAAAUUGAAAUAAAUGAAGAUCCAUUAGCUGAACGCGUAAAAGCGUUAAUGGAGACUUCUGUGAGUGGACUUGCGAAUCCUUUUGAUUCCGAUGAAAUUGUUAUCGAUGAAUUUGAAAGUAAGCAUUACCAGGAACAUUUAGUAGAGGAUCAAAAUGGAGAUAAAUGCAUACUGAUAGGGGUUCUUGAUAAAGCUGUGGACAUGCCAAAUAAUGUCAAGCAAGAUUCAUCUGAAUGUAUUGACAUGACAAGUAAUGUCAACCAAGAUUUGUCUGAAUGUAUUGACAUGACAAGUAAUGUCAACCAAGAUUUGUCAGAAUGUGUAGACAUGACUAACAAUGAAAACCAAGAUUGGUCGGAAUGGAACCCAAACUUGCUAAGGCAGAAGAAAAGUUCGGCAUUGGAAGUAAAAACUGCCCCUAUUGAAAAAAGGAACCAACUGUAAAGCAACGAUGUAAGCCGAAGCAACAAAGAAUCAAAGGAAGUGCUGCUACCAGAAAUAAUUCCCUAACAAUUUUGUCAAAAUCUAAGCAUGAGUUAGUGGAAAUUUUUAAAGCAGAAGCCUCCACAAAAUCAGCAAUAGAAAUAGAAAUACUUCACACUCGAUUAGAGAAAGAAAAAAUUGAAGUGGAAGCUGCGAAAAAAAAACUG